AUGUCGAUGAAGUUGGAGCAUCGGGCCCCAGGUCCUAACCAGCCUCUGGCCAAACGCAUGCGACUUGGCACCAAAAGCUGCAGCGAGUGCCGCCGUCGAAAGGUCCGCUGUCAAUUUGACGACGGGAGUGACAGCUGCCAACAGUGUGUCUUACACGAUACUCGAUGUAUAUCACAAGAACAUUGCGCAGUGUCAGCCGCAGCCUCUGCUUCUGCUGGUGUGCCUCCGUCGGCCUCUGCCUCCACUUCGGACGAUUUACAAGCUCGUAUGGCCUCCCUGGAGGCUUCCGUCCGUGACCUUUGUCAGACUAUUAGUCAAACAGGUAUCAGCCCCUCUUCUCGUCCCAUUGCUGUGCUCGGUGCCCAGUCCUCUAAGCAUGAGCAGGCAAGUGGCGUAAACCCGGACGCUGCGCUUGACGAGGCACCCCUUAUUCAAUACCUCCGCGACUCGCUGGCUACGCAGGUUGAUACCUCCAUUCGGAGGGACGAUCCGUCGCGUGAGCCUUGUGUUGAGAACCCCAUUAUCCGUCCCACAGAGAGACGUAUCCGUGGUUUGAUGCCCGUGAACUCAACCUUGGUGAGGAUCUUCGACUUAUCACAUAAAUUUUGGGAUGUUUGGCCUCUCCAUUCGGCUCGCGAUGUCAAUUCACAUAAUAUCCAUGGUCUUCCAAGCUCUGUGGGAGAUGCUGUUGGAUUUAUCGAUGAUUCGUUACGUUCCUCCAGCCCGAGCAUCCUGGCUAAAUGCCUUGCCUGGUUUUGCCUUUGCCUCCAGCAGCUGCCCCCAGCAUACACGACAACCCAGGAUUUCUGCCUUCCAAUGCCCAAGGCUGACCUGAUGGACAAAUGCCUCGAUGAGUUGGACGUCGCUGUGUUCCAGCGUAGCUCAUCACGCUUGGGUUGCGACUUCGACUUGCUCGAAGUGUACAUUCUCCAGGCCGAGCUCUUCGUCAACAUGGGUCGACCUUGCAGAGCGUGGAAGUCGGUUCGGCAAGGGGUCGAUAACGCCAUGCUCCUUGGACUCCACCGCCCUGAGCAGGACGGUGCUCGGUUGAAGUCAAUAUGGUCAUCACUCUGGCGACUGGAUUGGCAACUGUCGAUGUUUCUAGGCUUGCCCUAUUCGGUUCCAGGCGAUUUGAUACCGGAGGAUGAGAGAGAUGAUGGGAUUCGUCCCCCACUGGAGCACCAGAUCAUGCGAUCCGUGACCUCUGUCUGUGGUCGGAUUGUCGAGCGCGACCAGCGACGGCAGCAACGAUGGCAAGAGGAGUCGUCAUACGCCGAUACAAUCUCCAUCAUGGAGACGAUGGAACGCGUCAGAAAGUUGAUACCAAAAGACUGGUACAACUUUGAGCACGGGAACCAACCUCCGGUAACCCCUGCCAUCGCGUUCUCGCGCAUGUCCCUUCUCCUCCAUUUCCAUUUUACCAAUAAAGUGCUUCAUUUGCCCUACGUUCUUCUAGCCGCGCACAAUAGAAAAUACGAACACAGUCGCUUCCUCGCACUGGAGUCCGCCGAAGCCAUGGUGCAGACGUACCUCAGGCUCCGGGAUCUGAUAGAAGACAACUUUACCUGCGACUUUCUUGACUUCCUCGCUUUUAGUGGGGGGAUCGUCCUCGCUGCCGAUCUCAGCAAGCGAGGCCAGGAGAAAACGCAAGACGAUGAGCGCAUCUGGGAGUUGCUGGGCCAACUAUCUUCAAGUCUGGGCCGAACCGCGGCGGAAUUGGGCUGCUCAGUCGCGAUACAGGCGGCCGAAGUCCUCAACAAUCUGUACAGUAUUUCUAGAGGUGAGUAUAAUGGCCCGGAUUGCUACGAGAUGAUGAUUCCCUACUUUGGGACAAUGCGGAUCAGAGCGCCGAAGCGGCCAGGCCAGAUAGUUCAAUGUGGCGAUUGGAGAACGGUUUCGUUGUCUUCAGAUCCAAAUAUGAUCGACUUUAGCACCGAUAUGUUCUCGUUUCGCUUCCCGAGCGAGCUCCAGACGGCUGAGGAGUUGGGCCAAGAUUGGGAGGAUUUGGUUGCCAACCCUAUGUAUGACAGUAAUGGAUAUUUUAGAUAA